GUAUCAACAGUGCUAGAAUUUGGCCGCAUAGUGAUUUAUACUACCAGCCUUCGUGUGGUGAGAACCACUUUUGAACGGUGUGAACUGGUUAGGAAGAUCUUUCAAAAUCACAGAGUCAAAUUUGAAGAAAAAAACAUUGCUCUGAACAGUGAUUAUGGAAAAGAACUAGACGAAAGAUGCAGGAGAGUAUGUGAAGUUCCCUCUCUCCCUGUGGUGUUUAUUGAUGGCCAUUAUCUUGGGGGUGCUGAGAAAAUUUUGCUAAUGAAUGAAUCUGGGGAACUGCAGGAUCUCUUAACAAAGAUUGAGAGAGUCCAACACCCCCAUGAGUGCCCCUCCUGCGGGGGCUUUCGUUUCCUUCCGUGCUCUGUGUGCCAUGGGAGCAAGAUGUCCGUGUUUCGGAACUGUUUUACGGACUCAUUCAAGGCCCUCAAGUGCACCGCUUGCAAUGAGAACGGCUUGCAGCGCUGCAGGAGCUGUGCAGGCUAA